AUGUGAUGAGGACAUUAUUUAAGGCGGCUGCGAGGCCGGCAGGCAGCUGCGAGCUGGGCGGUGCAGUGCCACGCUCACAGCCAGCCGGACCCCCGGGACCCCCAUACACGCGUGUGGCUCUGUGUGUGUGUCCCCCCCCCGCACCCCCUCGCCAUGGUUGACGCCUUCCUGGGCACCUGGAAGCUGGUGGAUACGGCCAAUUUCGAUGAAUACAUGAAGGCAUUGGGGGUGGGCUUUGCCACUCGGCAGGUGGCCAGCCUCACCAAACCCACCACCAUCAUCGAGGUGGCAGGCGACAAGAUCACCGUGAAGACCCAAAGCACCUUCAAGAACACAGAGAUCAGCUUCAAGCUGGGUGAGGAGUUUGACGAGACCACGGCGGACGACAGGCAUGUCAAGUCCAAGGUCACGCUGGAUGGAGGCAAACUCGUCCACGUGCAGAAGUGGGAUGGGAAGGAGACAUCGCUGGUCCGGGAGCUGAAGGAUGGGAAAUUAAUUCUGACUCUCACCAUGGGCAACGUCAUCUCCACCCGCACCUACGAGAGGGCGACAUAGACACCGUCCCCAUCUCCCUCACCCGUCACCCGGUCCUGCGUUCGCCCCCGUCCUUGCCCCGCGCCGGGCACGGUUUGCCGUGGUCUUGGAGCCCACUGCACCCGCCGGGGCCGCCAGCUGCCCCGUCCCCAUCGCCUCGUGGGGCUGCUUGGGGCUUGGGUGGUGGUUUCAUGGUUUGGGUUUGUUUUUUUUUUUAAUAAUGGGAAAAUCCACAUGGAAAAAUAAUAAAGGCCAUCUUGUUACA